AUGGUUGGCAACAGCUGCUGUGGAUCCAUGGCAAAUGAGAGCCAGAAGGUCCAGCUCAAAGGUCAGGGAGUAAAAUUAGUUCCUUCCGUUUGUAGUGAAAGAAAUGGGAGCUUUAGAGUGUCAGUGGUGGUCCUUGGCCUGCACAGCACCCUAGCCAUUGAGAAUUGCCAGCGCGCCUGUCCUGCCUCCUGCACCUGCAGCAGUGUAGAGCAUGGCUGCUCUGUGCGCUGUGAUCGUGCAGGACUCCUGAGGGUACCGGCUGAGUUCCCAUGCGAGGCGGCUUCCAUUGACCUGGAUCGGAAUGGCUUGCGAAUCUUGGGUGAGCGGGCUUUUGGCACAUUGCCCUCACUGCGUCGCCUAUCCUUGCGCCAUAACAAUCUGUCCUUCAUCACCCCUGGCGCUUUCAAAGGCCUGCCACGUUUGGCUGAGCUACGCUUGGCACACAACGGCGAUCUGCGCUAUCUGCAUGCGCGCACCUUUGCCACAUUGGGUCGCUUGCGCCGCCUCGAUCUGGCCUCCUGUCGCCUGUUCAGCGUCCCUGAGCGCCUGCUGGUGGAGUUGCCGGCCCUGCGGGAGCUCACUGCCUUUGAUAACCUGUUCCGUCGCGUGCCUGGCGCACUGCGUGGCCUGGCCAAUCUGACUCACGUGUACCUGGAGCGCAGUCGCAUCGAGGCAGUGGCCUCCAGCUCGCUGCAGGGCCUGCGGCUUCUGAGAUCACUCAGCCUGCAGGGCAAUCGUGUGCGGGCUGUGCACGCUGGAGCCUUUGGGGACUGUGGCAUCCUGGAGCACCUGCUGCUCAAUGAUAACCUGCUGGCCGAGCUGCCACCAGAUGCCUUCCGCGGCCUGCACCGUCUGCGCACACUCAAUCUGGGAGGGAAUGCAUUGGGUCAUGUGGCACGCGCCUGGUUUGUAGAUCUGCUGGAACUCGAGCUGCUCUACCUAGACCGCAACAGCAUUGCCUUCGUGGAGGAGGGAACCUUCCAGAACCUCUCGAGCCUCCUGGCUCUGCAUCUCAAUAGCAAUCAUCUCACAAUGCUCUCCUGGGCAGCCUUCCAGCCAGGCUUUUUCUUAGGUCGCCUGUUUCUCUUCCGCAACCCGUGGCGUUGUGACUGCCACCUGCAGUGGCUGCGGGAUUGGAUCCAGGGUUCUGGGCAUGUGGCCGAUGUGCCAUGUGCCUCCCCAGGCUCUGUGGCUGGACUGGAUCUCAGCCAGGUGGCCUUUGAACGCUCCUCGGAUGGUCUGUGUGAGGACCCUGAGGAUGUGAACUUCACCGUGUCUAGUCCAGGCCCUUCCCCAGAACCCGUGGCCACCACCGUGAGCAGGUUCAGCAGCCUCCUCUCCAGGCUAUUGGCCCCGAGGGUCCCCGUGGAGGAGGUGACCAACAGGACUGGGGCCAACUCAUCGCUGUCUGACCGCCUUCCUUCCCGGGGAGUUGGAGCCUUGGGCCGCAAGACUACCGUUCUCCUCACCUCUUCUCUCCUGCUCAGCUGGGCCCAGUUUGUGCUGCUUUGCCUGCAGAGGGACUGA